UGGUUCACCGACACAAACCUACUAAGGCUUAUCCAAACAGCUGAGAUGUUGAAGCCACCCACCCCUUCCCCUAGUCAUGAAGGCAGCUCUGUGCAAGAUGAUGCCCCAGAAUACUACCCCUAUAUAGGCUUUAUUUUGAACAAGGCAUGUAGGGAAGACUUUAGUGUAGAGAAUUACAGAGUGAUGCAGCGUACCAUCUCAACAGUCUUCAGCCAGUCUAAACUCAAAUAUAAAGGUCCAAUAACUAUGGCUAAUGGCAACCUAAUGCCAGGGUUGAGCAAUGAGACAAUAGACACUGAUGUCAACAUGUUUCUUCUACCAACAAUGUCUGAAGACACUGACAAAGAAGGUAUUCUGACACUGCUACCAGAGUACAGAGGAUACCCAAGCUUUGAAUUCCUUGUUAAAUCUCUGAGGAAACAAAUUUAUGCACUACCCAGGCAUCUUCUCACCCAUACAACACUCUCAGAGAAAAACUGGUUUCAUUAUGCUGCGAGGACUUGGGAUGCUGUAAAGAAAUCUUCUCUGGUUUCUGAUUAUAACAGACUACUUCCUUGAUGCUGGAGUGUCUUCUAUAUGUGGUGGUUCAUAAGUGUGGUGACUCAUUGAUCAGUGCCCAUGACAACACAAAGUGAUGAGAUGACACCAUGGACUUGCUAGGAAAUCAAAAUCUUACUCGCACAGUACAUGGAUUUGUGUUCUCAUUGCAGAACACAAGACUGUCUAGGUUUUCGAUACUAGUGAAACUAAUAGAUGCAAACACUAGGAUCCAACACAAAAAAACAUUGAACAUUUUGGCAAAUGAACAGCAUCGUGUUUAUAUAAUUGGUUUUGGAUGAACAGAAUUGGAAUUGUAUUUUUGGAGUAGAUGAUUAACACCUACCAUUGACCAGAAUUGCGUUAUCUGCCUAGUGCAAUGUUAUGUGACUGGAAACUGUAUCAUAGAAGAUAUAGGAGUUCAGCUCCCCAUCCAUGUGUCCAAUGAACUUCAUACAUGAUGCCAUAUUUUCUUUAACUGACUUCCAUCUGGUAUUUAUGUCUUAUGAUUAUUCAAAUUAAAGAUAAUAUUCCCAUUUAUUCUACAGUUAUCAAUAAAAUAGUGAUAUAUACAACAAAA